CCUUCCCCGGCGCAGGCUCCAUCCCUGGCCCUUCGUAGGAGAUGUGCGGGCAGACCCGAGGGCGUGGCCUGUGACGUCGUGUAUCGACGCCCUUUCCCGGCGCAGGCGUCGCCCCUGCGCUUCCAGGUGCAGGUGUGGACGCGGUUCCCGGGGAGACAACGCUUGCCGGCGCUCUAUGGAGCCGAGGGUGGUCAAGCCGCCGGGCCAGGACCUGGUCGUGGAGCGCCUCAAAAGUCGCUACGGCCUCCGGGCCCGCGGGGUGGCGGAGUAUGAUUUUUCAAAUUUUGAUCAGGCUAAAUAUAAGAGAAGGUCUCUAACUUCCCCAGAUGAUUUUGACAUCUACUCAUCUGGAGACAAAGUUGGUUCAUCAUCAAGAUACUAUUCUAAUGAACAAAAGCAUUGUAGAACACCUCUUUUUAGUUCAUUCAAGCAUUUAAAUGUGAAUUGCCUAGAUGAUGAUGAAUUAGAUUUUUCUCAAGAUUUGAAACAACGGGAAAUUGAAGACUUUAUUGAGAGUGAUCACAGAGUUACUACCUCCAGAACAGCCAAGAAGAAGUCUUUUAAAGAAAUAGAGAAAGAAGUUACCCACCCAGCUAAUUUAACUGACAAUUCCAGGAAUUGGGCUGAAUGUUAUAGUGAUGCAAAUGACUCUCUUUUGAAACAAAGCAGCUCUCCAACAUCUAAAGCAUCAAAGAAGCAGCGCUUACAUCCUUACCAGAUCAAUCAAAUAUAUGAUGAAUUAUUUCAAAUACACCAGAAACUGCAGUGUGAAACUGUAGCACAGCAGGAGUUCGCUGAAGAGCUUCAAAGGCGAGAACAUUUUCUAGUUGAAAGAGAACAGCUGCUUUUCAGACAUGAAAGUGCCUUGAGUAAAAUCAAAGGGGUUGAGGAAGAGGUGCUUACACGAUUUCAGAUCAUGAAGGAGCAACACAGUACAGAAGUUGAACACUUAACUGAUGUCCUUAAGGAAAAAAAUAAAGAAAGCAAGAGACUAAGGUCUUCUUUUGAUACAUUGAAAGAAUUAAAUGAUAACUUGAAGAAACAGUUAAAUGAAGUAAUUGAAGAAAACAGGAAAAUGGAGGUCCAGGCUAAGCGAGUCCAAGCUCGUUUAGAUAAUUUGCAGAGAAAGUACGAGUUUAUGACAAUACAGAAAUUGAAAGGAAAUUCCCAUAGUACUCAGGAUGUGAAAAAUGUAAAACAAGAAAAAGUACAAGUUUCAAAAACAAAUAAGGUAGGAUAUGAUGGAAGAUUUCUCUUUGUUGUUUAG